GCAAGAAGCAACUUGAAACUUGCAGAAGGGCUGGCUGAACCCUACUUGCACCUGUCUGCAUCUACCUUUGCACCUGUUCCUACCUCCUUUUGACAGUGAGUAUCUGGGACAGGCAAUUGUUGGUUUGGAUGGGGGUGGGGGAGUCCCUUCAAUCUGCUGCUGCGCUUCUUUUCAGGGAGGGAAAUAAAGUUGUGGGGACUAGGGAAUAAAGCCGAAGCAUGACUUAAUUUCUAAAAGCCGAGGGCUGCUUUGGGUUCCUGAACAGGUGUUUUUUGGGCACAUGCUCCUCUUCUGCUUGCUGUUUCCUGACAUUUUAGUAGCAGGUGGUUCGAGCGACUGAGCUGCUUUGCUGAGCCUAGAGAUCAGGGGUCAAAAGAGAAAGAGGCUGUUUCAGGGAACCGGACAUUUCUGCUGGUUGAACAUUUGAGAGCAGCGUGUUUGUACGCAGUUACGUCCACACUGAGCAUCUGCCGGUGUUCUGUUUUCCGGGCAGUUUAGGAAAGCCUGUUGGCCAUGCCAGAUCUCAACAAGGUGGCAAUGUAUUAAUGUAAAGCUGGCAGUUCCACAAGGGACUAUGGGGUGCUUUUGCAGGGCUCGCCUGGCGGCCCUGGGUUAGUUCAGGCUGCUUAGCAGGCUUUGUGCAUUCUCGUCUGUUUCCUUCCAGAUGGUGGCCUCUCUGAAGCCCUGGCCUCUUGUGAUCGCCGUGACCCUAUGCGUCUUGUUCUGCCUGGGGACCUUAGUGGAUGCCUACCCUCCCAAGCCGGAGAGCCCCGGAGAAGAUGCUUCCCCAGAAGAGAUGGCCAAAUACUUCUCAGCUCUCCGGCAUUACAUCAACUUGGUGACACGGCAGAGGUGAGCAGGGUCGUGUGGGUUUGGGUGUGCAGUAGUGGCUUCUUAUGUACCAGGGAAAUGAACACACAUAGACACACACACACACAUCCCUGCUGCCUGCCUGAACGUUGGUGGGGAAUGGGCAUUGGGUGUAGAGGUCCAAAGCAAUGGAGGAAAGGCUUUAGCUCCCUGCCAAGUAGAGCACACAUUCUUAACAUUCCCCAGGUGAAGGAAGCAGAGGGAGGGAGUCAGGGCAAGGCUGCUGUCUGAGACUGUAUCCAGCUCACUAGCAUCCUUGUCUGUCAUCAGUUGUGAAGCUGCAAGGAAGCCAUGGUGAACCCUUUCGAAAUAUGACACCUUUCUUCAACCUUAGAGUGUUCCUGUGCCAGGUUUCAUUUUCUCUGUGUUGUGAAAGCUUGCUAACAGCUUUCCAGCCCUGCAGCAUUUCUCCAAUGAAAAUAGGGACGUCCUAUUUACUACUGUAAGGGACAUGGGUGGCGCUGUGGGUUAAACCACAGAGCCUAGGACUUCCCAAUCAGAAGGUCAGCGGUUCAAAUCCCCGCGACGGGAUGAGCUCCCGUUGCUCGGUCCCUGCUCCUGCCAACCUAGCAGUUCAAAAGGACGUCAAAGUGCAAGUAGAUAAAUAGGUACCGCUCUGGUGGGAAGGUAAAUGGUGUUUCUGUGCACUGUUCUGGUUUGCCAGAAGUGGCUUAGUCAUGCUGGCCACAUGACCUGGAAGCUGUACGCUGGCUCCCUCGGCCAAUAAAGCGUGAUGAGCGCCGCAACCCCAGAGUCGGUCACGACUGGACCUAAUGGUCGGAGGUCCCUUUACCUUUACCUAUUUACUACUACUACUACUACUACUACUACUACUACUACCCUGCCCAUCCAACUGGGUUUGCCCCAGCCACUCUGGGUGGCUUCCAACGUAUAUAAAAACAUAAUAAAACAUGAAACAUUAAAAAACCCUUCCCUAUACAGUGGUACCUCUGAUUGCGAAUGGGAUCCGUUCCGGAGGCCCGUUCGCAACAUGAGCAGAACGCAACCUGCAGCAGCACAUCUGCGCACGUGCGGGCUGCGAUUCGCCGCUUCUGCGCAUGUGGGUGACAUCAUUUUGCGCGCCUGCAUAUGCGCGAGCAGCGAAACCCGGAAAUAACACUUUCCGGUACUUCUGGGUUGCCGUGGGACGCAACCUGAAAAAACGUAUCAUGAAGCAAACAUAACACGAGGUAUGACUGUACAGGGCUGACUUCAGACGUCUUCUAAAGGUUGCAUAGUUACUUGCCUCCUUGGCUCGAGGGGGUCACAUGACUCCAUACCCUCCAACAUUUCUCUGAUGAAAAUAGGGACGUCCUAAGGAAAAGCGGGACAUUCUGGGAUCAAAUCAGAAAUUGGGAAGGCUUCUGCAAAUCAGGAAAGCAGGGACACUUGGAGGCUCUGCAAACAGUUUUUAUCUUCUGCUGAGUGAGUGUGUAAGUUAAGAAGGCCCAUGAAGCAUGUUCUUAAUCCUUAUUUGCCUAUGCAAAUUAUCACUACUUUGUCGAGUACGUUAACUAUGGUCUGUGAGCCCACAGAGUGUAGCUUUUCAUUUGCAGAGAUUGCUGAGCCCUGCAGCUUUUAAAGGCAGCCAAUCAGCAGCCCAGCUGCUUAAAAAAAAAAGCCCAUUUCAACACCUCCACCAUUAGCACCAACUGCCUGGUACAGCCCAUUAACUGUCAUCUCCUAGAAACUUAAUUGGAAAUCCGACCCAGGAGGCAAUUAGCAAGCCCUUGCCCCUCUGGGUUGAUUCAUUUUGUCUCCAUGUCCUUCUUGAACUCCUGACCCAGUUCUGAACCCAGGGGAGCUGUGGAUCUGAUUUCUGCAAACCACGGAACGGCAGCGCAUAUAUUCCUGCGGGGGGGGGGGGAGCACAAGCCUUUUAGAAUCCACUGAUAAAUGCCCACCUUUGCAGGGAGAGUCACACCCUAAGGGUCAGCUCAUGUAACCAAUCUUCUUUGCUGCUCUUCUUUGACCAGCCUUCUUUGGGGAUGUUCAAACACAGGCAAGAUUUGCAAUGCAGGUUUUGCACUUGAGUUGCGUGCCCAAACCAUUAUAUUGGGAAGAUUUUAAUGUCUGACAUUUUGUGAUGUCUUUAUAUGUGCUGGAAGCUGCCAAGAGUGGCUGGGGAAACCCAGCCAGAUGAGUGGGGUAUAAAUAUUAUUAUUAUUAUUAUUAUUAUUAUUAUUAUUAUUAUUAUUAAAGGUUGUUUAGGGCUACCUGAAGUUUCUACCCUCUGCUUCAAAAUUCCUUGCUAAUAAUAAUAAUAAUAAGAAUAAGAAUACUAAAUAAUUUCUUAUUUAUACCCUGCCCAUCUGGCUGGGUUUCCCCAGCCACUCUAGGCGACUCCCAACAGAAUAUUAAAAGCACAAUAAAACGUCAAUCAUUAAAAACCUCCCUAAAUGGGGCUGCCUUCAGAUGUCUUCUAAAAGUCAGAUAGUUGUUUAUUUCCUUCACAUCUGAUGUGAGGGUGUUACACAGGGCGGGCACCACUACCAAAAAGGCCCUCUGCCUGUUUUCCUGUAACCAUACUUCUCACUGAGAGGGAACCACCAGAAGGCCCUCAGAGCUGAACCUCAGUGUCCGAGCUGAAUGAUGGGGGUGAAGGUGCUCCUUCAGGUAUACUGGGCCCAAAGGUGUAGACAUGGGUGGUGAUGCACCGGUAGCUCAUUCUGUACAUGCUUAGAGUCAUUCCUUUCUUAUCCUUGCUCCAUCUGUUGCAAGUUCAGUGUGGGGCUCCUGCCUUGUAGCUGCUGAAAUUAGGUGGCAGGGAGAGGAAGAGUAAAAAUCUGGACAUCUCUCCAAGGAUACUUCUAAGAUGGCACUAACUCAGUCCUUCCUCUCCAUCCCUCUCUCUGCACAAGGUAUGGCAAGAGAUCCAGUCCAGAGAGCUUGAUGUCUGAACUCAUUUUUGGAGACAGCAGCAGCAGCAGUAGCAGCAACAGUGACCACAACAUGAGAUCACGGUGAGUCCUCUUAGCAUUGCAGGGCAUAGCUGUUUUUAGAGUACCGGAAGCCAUUUGUACCUGACCUGGAUCCUAUUCUUUCUAAAGGUGUGGGUGGCGCUGUGGUCUAAAUCACUGAGCCUCUUGGGCUUGCUGAUCGUAAGGUUGUCAGUUCGAAUCCCCACGACAGAGUGAGCUCCCGUUGCUCUGUCCCAGCUCCUGCCAACCUAGCAGUCUGAAAGCACACCAGUGCAAGUAGAUAAAUAGGUACCGCUGUGGUGGGAAGGUAAACGGCGUUUCUGUGUGCUCUGGUUUCCGUCAUGGUGUUCCGUUACACCAGAAGCAGUUUAGUCAUGCUGGCCACAUGACCUGGAAAGCUGUCUGUGGACAAACGCUGGCUCCCUCGGCCUGAAAGUGAGAUGAGCACCUCAGCCAUAGCUCUCAACUUUCAGAUUUGAAAAUAAGGGAUCAGCAGCCUCACCUGUCCCAGGGACAGUCUACGGGAUAUCUAACAAUCCAGGAUAGCAGCAGGAAGCAGUGGUAAAUGGCACCGGAAUAAGGGAAUUUCCCGCAAAAAAAGGGAAGGUUGACAGCUAUGGCCGCAACCCCGUAGUUGCCUUUGACUGGACAUAACUGUCCAGGGGUCCUUUACCUUUCAUUUUUACCUAUUCGUUCUAACCACAACAACCUUUAAGGAUUGCUAAAUAGGAAGGAAAGAACAUUCUCUAAAUGCUCAGAUACCUUUCUGUGUGAUUACUGUGAUGUCUAAUCUGUAGAAACAAAGGUGAGUUUAAGACUCAGACUUGCUUGGAAGCCACCUCCAUCUUGACCCAGUGCAAUGUUUCCCCCCCGCCCCCCCGCAACCCCCCGAAAGAUUACUCAUCACUAGGAAAGCAGCAUUCUGCACUUAUCCAAAGGAACCUCCCUGCUACCCCAUGCUAAACUAUAAUUAUGUUUAUAUGCCACCUUCUCCUCAAAGAUGGUGCAUGUGGUUCACUUUUAUCCUCACAACAACCCUGUGAGGUAGGUUGGGCUCAGAGGCAGUGACUGGCCCAAGGCCACCCCAGGGAGCUUUGUGGCUGAGUGGGGAUUCGAACCCAGGUCCUGCUCCAGCAUUCUGACUGUUACACCACACUGCCUCUGAAGACAAAUGCGGAAUAAUCUCAGGAAUCGUGCACUGCGGAUUCAGAGCCGUGCGUGAUCCAGUGCAAUUAUUCCAUCCUUUUAUCUUUUAUGGCCCUAUCUAGCACAUCCUUAUUCAGAUCUAGCACAUUCAGCGACACUGAAAAAAGGUUUAUAUGAAACAUAUACAGUGGUACCUCGGGUUACAGACGCUUCAGGUUAUGUGAUUUUGGGUUGCACCCUGCGCCGAACCCAGAAGUACCAGAACAGGUUACUUCCGGGUUUCGGUGCUUGCACAUGCGCAGAAGUGCUAAAUCACGCUUUGCACAUGCGCAGAAGUGCCGAAUCAUGACCCACGCAUGCGCAGAUGCAUCUCUGUAGGUUGCGAAUGUGCCUCCCGCACCGAUCACGUUCGCAACCCGAGGUUCCACUGUAUUUAAUAAUGCAAUAUCAUUUAAGCCAGGCUUUCCCAAACUUGAGUCUCUAGCUUCUUUGGGGACUGCAGUUCCCAUCAUCCCUGACCACUGGUCCUGCUAGCUAGGCAUGAUGGGAGUUGUAGUUCAGAAACAGCUGGCGACCCAAAUAUCAGGCGGCAGAGGAACCAACCCCCACGGCAGGUUACCAGGAACGGAUAAGAGAAGGAAAAGUCCCUAUCAUCUGCUUUUCAUUCAAUAUUCACAGAGAGAGGCUCUUGGAAUAAUGGCAUUUUCCCAAGUAAAUCUUCACUUCCCUUCUCUUCCACUUCCCCAUUCAUCAACAGCACUCCCCCCCCCCCCAUGGUCUCCAAGCCCUUUGCUCUCCUACUUUUAAGGCCUGCCGGGUUCUAGGAGGUUGUGGGUCUGGAAUGCUUUCUAGUGAUAACUCCACCCUUGCCUAUUCAGAAUCAGAAGUAAGUCAUAGUUUAGUGGAGCUUACUCCCUGGAAAAGGGGUAUUGUCAGGCAGCAGAGGAACCAACCCCCUCUGCAGGUUGCCAGGAACUGACAAGACAAGGAAAUGUUCUUACCAUCUGCUUUUAUUCAGUAUUCACUGAGAGAGGUUCGGGAAUGCGGCCUCUCAGAAUUAUGGUGUUGCUCAGAGUCAAACCCCACUCCCUCCGUCCCUCCCACUUCUCAUGAGUCAUCACUACGGGUGUUGAAAAGUGCCUUUGGCCAAUAAUAAUAAUAAUAAUAAUAAUAAUAAUAAUAUUUUAUUUAUAUCCCACCCUCCCCAGCCAAAGCCGGGCUCAGAGCGGCUAACAACGGUAAAAAUAGCACCGUUUACAUAAAAACACAGUCAAUUAAUUGAAAUACAUUCUAAAAUCAGUUCAGAAUCAAAUUAAUGGCAACCGUUGGGCUAGAGUUCUAUGAAGAUUACAGAAGGAGAAAGGGGGGUCAGACUGUGCUUUGGCCAAAGGCCUGGUGGAACAGCUCUGUCUUGCAGGUCCUGCGGAAAGAUGUCAAGUCCCACAGGGCCCUGGUCUCUUGUGACAGAACGUUCCACCAGAUCGGGGCCACGGCUGAAAAAGCCCUGGCUCUGGUUGAGCUCUUUGCUCUCCUACGUUCAAGGUCCGCCAUGUUCUGGGAGAGGGUGUUUGUAUCUGGAAUGCUUUCGAAAGACACGGUGUCCAUCAGCUGUCACCCUCCUCCUCCUCCUCCUCCUCCUUCUUCUUCUUCUUCUUCUUCCACCUCCUCCUCCUCCUCCUCUCCCAUUAUUUCCCCACUAUCCCCCUCAACUGCCUCUGAGCUGUGACCUCCCUCAAACCCCAGUUGUAAUUCUGAAUUCUGAGAGCCAGUGUGGCUAAGAUCGGUAAACUCGUAAUCUGGUGAACCGGGUUCGCUUCCCUGCUCCUCCACAUGCAGCUGCUGGGUGACCUUGGGCUAGUCACACUUCUCUGAAGUCUCUCAGCCCCACUCACCUCACAGAGUGUUUGUUGUGGAGGAGGAAGGGAAAGGAGAUUGUUAGCUGCUUUGAGACUCUCUAGGGUAGUGAUAAAGCGGGAUAUCAAAUCCAAACUCUUCUUCUUCUUCUGAACUGUCUUCUUCUUCUCUGGAAGGGUCAGGCUGGAGAUGGCGGCUCCACCAUUCUCCCUCUUCCCAGUCCCUAACACCAAGUUUUGGGAAACCCUGGUUUAAAGCACCCACCCUGUGGUGUGCCAUUGCUCUGGAUGGAUCUGGGAGGGUGGGUGGCCUUGUUUUUGGGACAGGAGCAGCGAACCUCGCUCCUUCCAGUGCAAUUGUGUGAUUCUUCCUUUCCUUCCUGCAGAUUUGAUGAUUCCUAUGGAUGGUGACGACCUUCGCACACCUCGGCCGAUGGCCCGCCGGCUGCCACUUUUUAGACGUUCCAAUUCUGUGGUGUCGUUUUGCGGUUUUUUUAUUUCAUUUUAAAGAAAAAUAAUCAACCCGUGAAGAGAGCCGAAACUUUUCUUUGAAAAGACCCUCUCCUCUCCCCCCACUUAGAUUUUCUCCACUUCGUACUCGUGAGGCUUGGGGAAUCAUUUCCCCUCCCCAGACAACACUACAACAAAGCCAUGCCUCCGUCUUUCCAUAAAACAGCAGGGGGCGACACAAGAGAUCUUUGUGUUUGGGGACAAGGUGGGGGUGGGGGUGGGCUGCCUUUGUGGUGACCUAGGUUGUAUUCGUAGUGACAUCUGUGUUGACUCACCAGUGCAAGAGCCUACUAUGUCUCCUCUGGGUUGAUCUUUAUUUUAUACACCAUUUGUGUGCGCGUGUGUAUGUGUGGUUAUGGGUGAAUGUAUGUAAAUGUAUGCAUUUUCAAUGAAUUUUCUCUGCAUCCACAAUAAAAAGCAAGUUUAAUGGAGAA